GUUGUAAACAGGGAGGGAUGGGGGUGGUGGUGUCAGGAGGAAUACGGUAAUCGUGCCCCCACCUUUCACGGGGAUGGGAAAGGGACCAGCGUGUCAGAGCUGCGCCGUGUACCCGGGGGAGCACGGUCCUGCGUGCCCCGCCCUCUUCCCCCCGUGCUUGUGUUUCAUGGGAACGGGAAGAGCUUGCGAGGGAGGGGCGUCAAAGCCAUGCCUUCUAUACGAAGGAAUACGGUAAUCGUUGCCCCCACCCACCGGUGGCGAUGGACGAGGUUAUGAGGAAGGGGCCAGGGUCUCGACGCUGCGCCUUGUACAUGGAGGAAUACGGUCAUGUUUGCACCCCCGCCCCCCUCUUCCAGCUGGUUUUUUAAUGGGAACAGAGGGAUGCCAGAGCUGUGCCUUCUAUAUGAAGGAAUACGGUGAACGUGUGAGGCCAUCGCAGCUGCCAUGUCGCACCCCCAGGCGCCCCCCCCCUAUGACAAGGACCCCCUGUACCCAACCCCGCCGGGGGGGUACCCACAGCCAGGGGGGUACUCACAGCCUGGGGGAUACCCUCCACCGGGGGGGUACUCGCAGCCUGGGGGGUACCCGCCGCCCGCCCCCUAUGGGCAGCCAGGCUAUGGGUACCCCCCUGUGGGGGCGCCAGUGCCCCCCAUGCCCACGCUGCCCAUGAACUUAGGGGACGACGCCAUCAUGGCCACCGACUGGGAGGACAAGAAGGGCCGGCCAGCGCGGCGCUACCCCUGGAACAUCAUCCUGCUCGCCGUCUUCACGCUGGCCAUGGGCUUCAUGACGGGCACCAUCUCCAGCUGGUAUGGCACCAAGGCCGUAUUCAUCGCCAUGAUCAUCACGGCCAUCGUGGCCAUCGUCGUCACCGUCUUCUGUUUCCAGACCAAGGUUGAUUUCACCUCCUGCACGGGGCUGUUCUGCGUCCUCGGCAUCGUCAUCACGGUAACGGGCAUCGUCACCGCCAUCGUCCUGUCCUUCAAAUACGUGAGUUUCCUGGCCUACGACACGCAGCUGGUGCUGGGCAACCGGAAGCAGGCGUUGGGCGCGGAGGAGUACGUGUACGGCGCGCUGCGCAUCUACACCGACAUCAUGUCCAUCUUUACCUCUGUGCUGCAGCUGGUCGGCCGCAGAUAGAGCCCGUGUCCCGCCCGCGCUGGCCGGCUCCGUGCCGCCCCCGGGCACGCAGAUGCAUGGGAGGGGGAGGCGGGCCCUUGCCUUAUUGCCCCCGCCCCUCCCCAGGGCCUGGGUGCGUCCCGGCCUCACCAGCCCGGGAUGGGAGGUGCUGCGCGGGGCGCACGUGGGACGCUGGCUGACACGUGGGCACACGCACGUGCUCCGGCCACGUGGCUGUACCCGUGUCUCUCCCCCUCCCGCCCCGGGGCUGCUCUGUGCCUUAACGGUGCAUGCACCAACAUGGCGGCACGGUGUGGGGGAGGGUGGAGGGGCCCCCAGCAAAGGUGGGGGGGCUCUGCUUGCUGCACCUGGCACCCCAUGGCCAGCCCUGCCCGGGACCCCCCACAGCGCCAGGCAGGGGCUGAGCCUGCUUCGCCGACACCAAAGAUGCUACCAAUAAAGUGCCCGUCUGACA